UUAGAUAAACGGAGGGCACUAUAAUAGUGCUUAUGUUCAAGUGACACUUCUCUGGUAGCCUAGCAAUGGUUGCCAUGCCUACAUCAUUCAUCGCAUUUCAUCUUAUCGCUUACGCAGUUGUGUCACACCACACCAUCACAAGGGGGAAAUACUACAAUAAGGCACGGAGAAGAAGCCGGGUGUGGUGGCACCUCCUGUAAUCCGAACCUUCCGGAGGCUGAUACAGGGGGAUUGUCAGUUCCAGGCCAGUGCUGGCUGCACAGAAAGCCCCAGGCCAGCCUGAGCUGCAGAGAGACUUUGUCUCAAUAAGCCAGAGACUUCCGGCUUCCUCCCUCCCUCUAGCAAGAUGGCGACGUCUGAGGAGGAGCUGCAGCAGCAGAGGCUCCCGGACCUGCUGGAAACCAGCAGACAACUUCUGGAGGAGGUGGAAGCCUCGACCCAACCCACGGGCUCCAAGCUAAUCCAGGAUAAGGUGAGGAGGGCCUUGAAACUCCUGGAGACGGCCUCAGACAUGUUAUUACAGCUCGAGCUGUUCAGCCGGAACGAAGAUUGGGAGGAGAUUGCUUCCGCUGACCUCAAGUACCUGAUGCUCCCGGCCCUGAAGGGCGCGCUCACGCUGAAGCUGGUGGGCCCCAGCCAUCGCCUCAACCACCUGCGGGAGGCUCGAGACCACUUCAUGAACUUCCUAACCCAGAGCCACAGCUACCAUGUGGCCGAUUUUCAGCUGCCCUGGGCCCAGAGCAGCUCACCACCGGAAGGCAGCCCCGCCACUUCAGCCAUCCUGGAGCCUAACCUCGUUGCCAUGGCAUCCCAGAGGCAGGCUAAAAUUCAGAGGUACAAGCAAAAUAAAGCGGUGGAGCAGAGAGUGUCCGCUCUGAAAUCAGCAGUGGAGAGCGGUCAGGCUGAUGACGAGUGUGUGCGGGAGUAUUACCUCCUUCAGCUUCGCAGGUGGAUUAACAUCAGCUUGGAUGAGAUCGAGAGUAUCGACCAGGAGAUAGAGAUCCUGAGGGAAAGAGACUUUUCGGGCGAGCCAUCAGCUUCUCCCUUGCCUCCUCAGGAGAGGCCUCCAAUGAAACCCUUCGUCCUCACUCGGAGCGUUGCCCAAACACAAGUCUUUGGAGCUGGGUACCCAAGUCUGGCGACUAUGACGGUGAACGACUGGUAUGAACAACACCAGAAAUGUGAGGGUUUACCAUCAGGUCAGGAAGUCGAAAAGCAAGCACCACCACCUGAGUCCCACAGAGCGUCUCAGCAGGAAGAAGAGCUGGAGCUGGAGCAAAAGGAAGAAGAGGAAGAUGAGGAUGCCCUUCACAGGAUGCAGCAGUGGGAUGAAUGGAAGGACACCCAUCCUAGGGGCUAUGGCAACCGACAGAACAUGGGCUAACCUCCCCUCAGUGUGAAAGGACAAUGGAUCGCUCGUCUUCCCACACCAGGAUAACCGUGUUCCCUUCCUUAGGCCCCUGCUCCAGACAUGUGCAACAAAGGCAAAGAUACUGAUCUUGCUUCGCAUUCAAUAAAGUACCACUAUCAAGUUUUAUUUGCACCCUAGUUAAUGUCCGGUGCUCUCAUUUGAGCGUUAUUCUCACCAUGGUGUAUUGCAGUUUCUUAAGUGGAUAGGAAGAGUGCUGAGAAAUGGCUGUGCAAUGACCGACUGUAUGAUUUAUCUUUAAAAAAUAAAAUCCCCUCUUUUGGAAAAAAAUAUAUAUCCAGAGAGAACAUUCA